AUGACACCCUUCAGUCCCCUGUCAGAUCGUGUCCAGGAGCGCAGCACUCAUCAUGUGCCUCACAAUGGAGUUCAACCACCAUCUCUGUUGGUGAAGGGCAUGAAAGUACUAGGUCCGUCGUCUUCUGAGGAGAUCGAUACCAGUCUCAGUGACGAUGACGAUGAUGAUGACAUUAUUGGACUACUCGGAGAUUCCACCCAGAGAGUUCGACGCGCUGGGCCUGACGCUAGUGUUCUAACGAGCGGCGAUUUAGCUCGGCUCGCAAAGAUAAGAGCUUCUAAUUGCUCGCAUGAGAGCCGGAGUGAUUCAAUGAUAGUGCUCAAGAAGCGACUCCACGGAUUACCUACCAGGAAUGUCGAUGAUAUAUUCUCCAGCAAGAAAAAUAAGAAGUAUGAUCUGGGAACUCUGAAGAAAGGUGAUUCGAUGGUCUUGGCAAAAAAACGAGUUCCCAAAUGCAUUCACGGCGACAUCGGUAAUACCCAAUGGCCAUAG